AUGGAGCAGCAGGAGAACGAGGAGGUGCCUCCGCUGCCCCUCCGCUUACGCUUCAGAGACCUGCUGCUCGGGGACGAGAGCUUCCAGAACGAUGACAGGGUUCAGGUGGAGUUCUAUGUGAAUGAAAACACCUUCAAGGAGCGGCUAAAGCUCUUCUUCAUCAAAAACCAAAGAUCAAGCCUUCUGAUACGCGUGUUCAACUUCUCCCUGAAGCUGCUCACCUGUCUGCUGUACAUCAUCCGAGUGGUUACAGACCACCCCGGUCAGGGCGCCGAUCACAGCGCGGGACAACAAAACGCUCCCAGUGGCAACAACAAAUGAGAAAUAAACUGGGAGUUGAUCUUCUGGGUGGACAGAAAAGUUCCUGUGUGGGCCAUUCAAGUGAUUGUCGCCAUCAUUAGUUUCCUGGAGACUAUGUUACUGAUGUAUCUGAGCUACAAGGGGAACAUUUGGGAGCAGAUAUUCCAGGUGUCCUUUCUUCUGGAGAUGAUCAACACGGUUCCCUUCAUCAUUACGAUCUUCUGGCCCUCCAUAAGAAACAUCUUCAUUCCCGUGUUUCUCAACUGCUGGCUCGCCAAGUGCGCUUUGGAGAACAUGAUCAAUGAUGUCCACAGAGCAAUCCAGAGGACCAACUCGGCCAUGUUCAACCAGGUCCUGAUUCUCAUCUGCACCCUGCUCUGCCUGGUCUUCACUGGGUCCUGCAGCACGUGUGGAAUCCAGCACCUGGAGCGAGCAGGGAAAAACAUCUCCCUCUUCAACUCCUUCUACUUCUGCAUCGUCACCUUCUCCACCGUGGGCUUUGGAGACGUCACUCCGCGCAUUUGGCCCUCCCAGCUGCUGGUGGUCAUCAUGAUCUGCGUAGCUCUGGUGGUUCUGCCUCUGCAGUUUGAGGAGCUGAUGUACUUAUGGAUGGAGAGACAGAAGUCCGGAGGGAAUUACAGCCGCCACCGAGCGCAGACAGAGAAACACGUGGUGCUGUGUGUCAGUGCACUAAAGAUAGACCUGCUCAUGGAUUUCCUCAACGAAUUCUAUGCCCAUCCCAGGCUGCAGGAUUACUAUGUGGUGAUCCUGUGCCCGAGUGAAAUGGACCUCCAGGUGCGGAGAGUGUUGCAGAUCCCUCUGUGGUCCCAAAGGGUCAUCUAUCUGCAGGGAUCCGUUCUCAAAGACCAGGACCUGCUCAGAGCCAAAAUGGACGACGCCGAGGCUUGUUUCAUUCUGAGCAGUCGCAACGAGGUGGAUCGCAUGGCUGCGGACCACCAGACCAUCCUGAGAGCCUGGGCAGUGAAGGACUUUGCCCCAAACUGCCCCCUCUAUGUCCAGAUACUCAAACCUGAAAACAAGUUCCAUGUCAAAUUUGCAGAUCACGUUGUGUGUGAGGAGGAGUUCAAGUACGCCAUGUUGGCUCUCAACUGUGUGUGUCCUGCCACCUCCACCUUGGUCACGCUCCUCGUGCACACCUCUCGCGGACGAGAAGGACAACAGUCCCCGGAGCAGUGGCAGAGGAUGUACGGAUGUUGCUCUGGCAACGAGGUCUACCACAUCCGAGUGUGUGACAGCAAGUUCUUUGGAGAGUAUAACGGCAAAAGCUUUACGUACGCCUCCUUUCACGCUCACAAGAAGUACGGCGUGUGUCUGAUCGGAAUAAAGAAGGAAGACAACAAGAGCAUCCUGCUGAACCCCGGGCCGUGCCACAUCAUGGCCGCCACAGACACCUGCUACUACAUCAACAUCACCAAGGAGGAGAACUCAGCCUUCAUCUUCAACCAGGAGGAGAGGAAGGGCCGCUCCGCCGGGGGUCUCUUCGACGGACCCUUGCAGCUUCCUGUGCACAGCAUCAUAGCUCGCAUGGGCACCGUGGCCAUGGAUCUUCAGAAUACGAGUCCGCCCGACGUGCCAUGUGGUAAACUAGUCCCGCCUACAGUGAACGGAACCAGGCGCCGCCGGCCGAGCAUCAGUCCGGUGCAGGAGAUCGCCGACUCCGCCUCAAUUCUGCCAUGUGACCUCCUCAGCGACCAAUCAGAGGAUGACUCCGUGUUCACGGAUGAGAAGGGCCACUCGUCUACUGAGUACGUGAAAGGUUAUCCCCCUAACUCGCCGUACAUCGGGAGCUCGCCCACCCUGUGCCAUCUGCUGGCUGAGAAAGCUUCUUUUUGCUGCCUACGUCUGGACCAGGGUUGCCGGCACAACAGCUUUGAGGACGCGAAGGCUUACGGCUUUAAAAACAAGCUCAUCAUUGUGUCGGCCGAGACUGCGGGGAACGGCCUUUAUAACUUCAUCGUGCCCCUCAGAGCUUAUUACAGACCCAGGAAAGAACUCAAACCCAUCGUCCUGCUGCUAGAUAACCCGCCAGAUAAUCACUUUCUGGAGGCCAUCUGCUGUUUCCCGAUGGUCUACUACAUGGCGGGGACCAUAGACAAUCUGGACAGCCUCCUGCAGUGUGGUAUUAUCUACGCUGAUAAUUUAGUUGUCGUGGAUAAAGAGAGUACAAUGAGUGCCGAGGAGGACUACAUGGCCGACGCCAAAACCAUUGUCAACGUGCAGACGAUGUUCAGGUUGUUUCCCAGCCUCAGCAUCAUCACAGAGCUUACUCAUCCAUCCAACAUGAGAUUCAUGCAGUUUAGAGCAAAGGACUGCUAUUCACUGGCCCUCUCCAAGCUGGAGAAGAAAGAGCGUGAUAAAGGUUCCAACUUGGCCUUCAUGUUUCGCCUACCCUUCGCUGCAGGGAAAGUGUUCAGCAUCAGCAUGUUGGACACCCUGCUGUAUCAGUCUUUUGUGAAGGACUACAUGAUCCUGAUUGCGAGGCUGCUGCUGGGGCUGGACACCACUCCAGGAUCAGGAUUCCUUUGUGCUAUGAAGAUAACAGAAGAAGAUCUGUGGAUUAGUACUUAUGGAAGACUGUACCAGAAACUCUGCUCCUCUAGUGCCGAGAUUCCCAUCGGGAUCUAUCGGACAUAAUCCCACAUUUUCCAGACUUCUGAGCCCCACCCCCCCAAGUCACAGGUGUCGGUCAGCGUCUCCGACUGCGACGCCGCCAAGGACAAGGGGGACGAGUCUCGCAGCAACGACCAAUCGGAUCACCCCCUGCUGAGGAAGAAGAGCAUGCAGUGGGCGCGACGCCUGAGCAAGAAGAGCGUCAGGUGGCAGGGGGUGAGCCGGGACUCCAGCAAGGACCACGCCCAGCGCAUCGCCCAGCAGCGCCUCAACCUCUACCGGCGCUCCGAGAGGGAGGAGCUGACGGAGCUGGUCCGCAACCGCAUGCGGCACCUGGGCCUCCCCACCUCGGGAUACGACGACUUAACUAAUAUGACGGCCAGCGAUGUCAUGAACAGAGUCAACCUGGGAUACCUGCAAGACGAGCAGAAUGACCAGCAGAACACGCUGUCCUACGUCCUGAUCAACCCGUCUCCCAACACCCGGCUGGAGCUCAACGAUGUUGUGUACCUGAUUCGUUCGGACCCUCUGGUUCACGUCCCAGAGGAGCCUCCCGUCCACAGAAGCAGCCUGAGAGAGAGACACGAGUCCAGCGCAGACGCCAAAGGAGACACACAGCUCUGAUGGCCCGCUGACCUCAUAACCCCCCCCCCCCUCCUCCAGCUCUCAUGGGGGGAGGGGGUCUUGUGUCCACGCAGGUCUACAGCUGUAUGAUAUGAGCGCCUCCUGUCUGGCAGGUGACAUGUCCAUCCUCCGGCCACAGACAGAAGAGAGGUGUGUUCCCUCAGGUGAGAGGUCACGGGAUGCAGUUGACAGGGAUUUGAAUGGGGUCACACCUGUCGCCCUUGUUUAGAGCGAGUUAGAGAUUCUCCAAACAAAAGGAUGACAGUGAUUGUAGAUUUUGUUUCUGUGUAUAUUCUGUGUGUAAUAUUAGAUAUUUUGGGAUGCCGGCGUUGGCGGCUCGGGGUCUAUCCAUCUUUUCUUGACUUCAGAUGUACAUAUUGUAGAUGUCCCCGGGGCAUGAAGCUAUUUACCACUUUUCACAUGAAAUAAAGCAUAUGUUCAUAACGGUGUGACUUAAAUAAAGUAUGUGCAUUUAA